AUGCCAUCAGCUCGUAGAUCUGGGCGCCUCUCCGGUGUCCGGAAAUCCUACACGCUGGAUCCUGGCGUUGAUGAGGAAUUGGAGUCAAAUUUCGUCGAUGAAUCAAACAAACUCCCACGAAACAAGGGCAAACAGCCUGUCCAUGACGAAUCCUCCGAUGAGGAAUUCCAGGUAGGCCCCCCGGAAGAAGAGGAGGCGGAGGAUGACCUUGAAGACGGCGAUUCUCAAGAUGAGGAUGCCGGAGCUGGCGACGACGCUGGGGAUGAGGAUGCAACGAAAGGUAGUCGCCGCCAAUCAAAAACGCCCAAAACACUGCAGUCAAAAUCCGUCAAGAAGCGGCCACCUACUACCACCGGUGUCCUCACUGGUGAAGAGACCCAUUCUCGAGGAGUUUGGAAUCCAUUUGAGCAUGUUGGCAAAUCCGUUCAUCUGCAGGCGACGUUUGGCCUUGAUGAAAGGGAUAUUCUAGCCGCCCUAUAUGCGCGAGAUCGGUGGACUCGGGGAUUCGAUUCUACUUUUCCGGCUCGAAUAUCCCUAGAUGAGGCACAGACUCUGCGAGAUUACAAAUACGGUUCGACGUUUGGUGUUGAGCCUGAAGACCUGGACAGGGAGAGUACCCGCGGCUGGGACUGGUACUACGGCGAUGGUACUAGAGAACGGUUAAGAACGCGGCAGCAAAUUGAACCGAUUACCGAGAUGGAGGCUCGUCAGUCCUUCAUGCCGAGGCCCAAGGAGGGCAAGCAUACGGUCUUAGUCGGGCCCGCAAACAAACAAAUGGCUUUUACUCUCGAUCAAUAUGAUGUUAUCAACCUGGGAGAUGCAUGGGGAGAGGAAAAAGAUGGGCGGACUACUGACGCGGCAGGCUCCAAACAACCCAAGAAAAAGCGUCAAGGUUGGAUCAUCAAUGUCGGCCAGCGCGUGCAGGCCGUUGCGUGGGCGCCUAACCAAAGCGGUCUCACUCAGUAUUUGGCCGUAACCGCUCCGAUUUCAAGUGAGCAAAAGGACGAUUAUCCAGAUCCUCUGAAAGAUUACGCAGCUCCAGCAUUUCGGCCGUCAGCUCCUUAUCCGUGUGCUCUACAGAUCUGGGCUUUCAAAGCCGAUAAAGGGGGCGGCAUCACAAAAUCUAUCGAUAUGAGCUCCAUACCCAAGUUACGGUUAGUUCUCGGUACCUGCUGGGGUGAUUUGAGGCGAAUUGCAUGGUGCCCUAUUCGCCGAGCGCCUCGGAACGAAGAUGACGAAGACGUUGAUAAAACCAUUGGGCUCCUUGCUGGCGUAUAUGGCGAUGGCUAUGUCAGGGUCAUUGAUGUGAAAAUCAGCAGAGACCCCAACAGGACUGGUUUCCACCGAGUUGAUGUCCCUCUGUUCGAAGCGAAACCUCCUUCAACAGUAUGUACAUGUGUGACCUGGCUGUCUUCCAGCGACAUAGCUGUUGGCUGUGCCAAUGGAUUCGUCGCUGUUUGGAACAUUGUACCGCCAUCUGUACAACGUCAGACCGACCCAGCAAAAAGCCCAUUACCUUAUUUUUACCAUCCAGUUCACUCGACCUAUGUGCUAAACAUCGCAUCUGCCUACCCAACCUAUCCCCAUCUGGUGGCGACAACCUCUAUGGAUGGAGAGACACGAUUGACUUCGCUGGCUGAUCAUGAGAAAGAUGUGGUCGACGCCAUGCGCAUGAGGGUGGGAUCACCCCAUUUGACAUAUUCGCCCUGGCUUCAGUCCUUUAUCUCUAGUGACGAAAAUGACUUCGUACGUCUACUAACCAUCCGACGUUUCUUUACCACAAUGGCAGCCGCUCGGCUGCCGAGCACCGUCUCAGCCUUGGCGUCAAGCAGCUUCUGGCAUCCAAGCGCGCUUAUUGGUUGUACGGGAGGAUCAGUGCUGGCGACGAAUCCUCUACGAAGAGUACUCCAUUCUAAGGAGAAGCAGUGGCAACAGACCUGGUUCUCACACACUUGGGCUCGAGGCGAGGAUAUAAGAGCCUCUGGGACUAGCCGGUUCUACGACGGGUUUCGUGCUGAGAGCAUCAGUCUGUUGCGCAACAUGAUGGGCGACCGUAAGAUGAUCAACGGAACUAUGGUUAUCACCAUCCACGAAGAGGAGACCCACGUUACAGCCUUGUCAUGGAAUCCGAAUCAAUCAUGCGCGGGCUGGGCGAGUGCUGGGCUGGGAUGCGGCCUCGUUCGAAUUGAAGAUCUGGCAAUGUGA